CAUGGAGGAGACAAAAAAGUGACGCAAAGGCAUUAAUUGCUUAUCUUCCUAAAGUAACAGCCAUCAUAAGUUCACAAAAUACAGCAGCCUUUCAACUUCAAAAAUUACAAAUAUUUCAUAAAUGUUUGCAUCAGAUUUUAGAACUGAUAGUCGCUCUCGAAAAGUCAAAAAAAGGAAUUGAGGUUUUAGUUGGUCAAAAGAUUUAUUGGUUUAUUCCAUAUAUAGCAUUCUGUGUACUUGAUUGGCCUGAGUCUUGUAUGUAUUGUAUGACAUAUAAUAGCUAUUGUACUAAAUAUCCAUGUCAUACAUGUAUAACAAAACAAGCAGAUUUUAAUAAUAUGCAAUUAACUUCAGAUCUUAUUGUAUUACGUACACCACAAAAUAUGAUGUGA